AUGCUCGGUGGGGGGCUGUACCUGACGAAUUUUGACUAUGUGCUGGUGCGCCCGGGGCGCUUUGACCGCGCCGAGAGCGCGUUUGCAUCGAGAAAGAGGCUUCCGAUUGUCCCGGUGAUCCGCGCGUUUGGCGCGACGCGGGGGGGGCAGCGCUGCUGCGUCCACGUCCACAACGUCUAUCCGUACUGCUAUGUGGAGUACACGCAGGCGCUCGUGCCGGACGUCGUCCUGCCGUACAUCCAGCGCUUGGGGAACGAGCUGAACCGCGCAUUCGCAGCGGCUGCGAAUCAGCCGACACGCGAAAUGCAGCUCGUCGCGGCGAUUCACCUGUGCAAGGGGAUGCCGUUUUAUGGGUACACAGAAACGCCCCACUACUACCUCAAAAUUUCGUACGUGGACCCGGCGCUGCGCAUGCGCCUCGCAUCCAUCCUCGAGAGCGGACGGGUGAUGGAGACCAAGUUUCAGCCGAUCGAGGCACACGUGCAGUACCACCUCCAGUUUAUGCUCGACUACAACUUGUCGGGGUGCGACUACAUGGAACUCGACCAAAUCUACUUUCGGGGGCCUUGGCCGCCGGAAGAGAGGGGGGGGUGGAACGAGGAAUCGAUUCCGCACGCUCAAAAAACCGACCUGCCUCGCGACACCUACUCGGAACUAGAAGGAGACGCCGAGGCACACCACAUCGCCAACCGCCGCACGAUGCGCGAGGCACACGGCAAGCCAGAAGCCAAAGACGAGCCGCUCGUGCCGAGCUUGCGUGGGCUCUGGGCGCAGGAACGCAUGCGCAGGCAGCACGCCGGCCUCUCGCCGACGCCGGAACGCAGCGCCCCUCGUCCGCGCACGGACCCAUCGGAUACACCGUGGGUCGCUGCGGAGCGCCACGCCGCACAGCUCGCGGCGCGCAUCGAGGAGGACGCCAAAGAGGAGGAAAUUCCGGAUCGGGGGAUGGAAAAGUACGUCUUGGACGCAUACCAAACCCCGGAGCUCUUUCACGCCCACGGAUUGGAGCGCGUCGCGCCGCCCGACGCGUCGGGCACCUCGGCCAAGAUCUUUGACCUGCAGCACGCACAGAGCCAGGGGUCGCAAGAGAUGCCGACGCUGCGUACGGCGCCGUCGCAGUCGCUCGCGAUCGAAACCUCCUUGUUCCUCAGCUCCUCGUCGCAUUCGGAGCACGAGCCGAGCCCUACCGAAGCGCCGCCGCCGCGGGCGCCGCGCAAGCGAAAGAGGACACCACAUGCUCCGCACAAAGCCCAAAAAGGGUGGUACGCGUACCGCACGCCUGCGCCGACCAAGCAAGAGGUCAUGCGCUCGUUCGCCUUCUUCGGCCUCCCCGACGUGGAAUAUACGCCGUGCCACUUUUCGCGGGCAUCCGACGUGCCUGCGCUGGCACGCGAGUACGCCAACAAAGCGUUCACGAUCCCGUCAUCCACACUCGCACACAUGCCCCUUUUCCAGCACUGGCCGGAGCGCCGUGAGCGCAGCGCGGAGGGAGUGCACCCUAUUCCGCACUGGCAAAUCGCACACGCGCCGCCGAGCGCAGCAAGUGUCAAGGCGUGGCUCGCACACCACGAACCACAGCCGACGCCUGCCCCGCUUCCCAACUCGCAAAUCCCACUACCGCGCAUCUCCGAGUCGCAGACCAACACGCCAGUGCUCGACAUUGGGCGCCAGCACAUGACAACGCUCGCGCUCCAAGUCAUCGUGCCGACGCGCGCCGACCUUGUCCCCGACGCGCGCCAGGAUGCGAUCGAGGCUGUCGUCUAUACCCUGAUGCAGGACGCGGAGCCUGACGCAUCUGAGCCAUAUAUCUACGAGACGGGGCUCGUGUACGUCUCUUCGCCUCGGCGUCUCGGCCUCGCUGGGGUUACGGUGCACUACGUCGAUACCGAGCUCGAGCUGCUAAACAUGCUCGUGGACAUCGUGCGUGCGCUCGAUCCGGAAAUCCUCACAGCAUACGAUGUCCACCGGGAAUCAUGGGCGUACGUCGCGGAGCGCGCCAGUCUCUUUUACGAGUAUGACCUGCUGGCCGAGCUGGGGCGGGCGCGCCGCAAAGCGGGGGGGUCGGCAUCCGUCGACCAGUGGACCGUGACGCAUGCCUCGGCGCUGCGCGUGCAAGGCCGACACGUCCUGAAUGUCUGGCGCAUGAUGCAAGGCGAGGUGGCCCUGACGCAGUACACGCUUGAAAAUGUCGUGUACCACAUCCUCCAUCGACGUAUACCCCACUACGACCAUGCCACGCUUACGGCCUGGCUCCGUUCCGAGCGUGCCUCGGACGUGGUCCGCACGCUGACUUACACGGUGCGCCGCGUGCGCUUCGCCCUCGAGCUCCUGGAAAAGUCUGAGCUGCUCUUUCGCACCGCCGAGUUUGCGCGCAUGUACGGUAUCGACUUUUUCUCGGUCCUCUCACGGGGCUCGCAGUUCCGCGUAGAGUCGGUGCUACUGCGCAUUACCAAGCUGCAAAGCUAUCUGCUCCCCUCGCCGAACCGCGAGCAGGUCGGCCAGCAAAAUGCAGCCGAGUGUGUCCCGCUGGUGCUCGAGCCCCAGUCGGCCUUUUACCGCAGCCCACUGCUGGUGCUCGACUUCCAGUCGCUGUACCCCUCCAUGAUGAUUGCGUAUAAUAUCUGCUACUCGACGUGCCUCGGGCGACUGGUUCCGUUUCAGGGGACCUACAAGCUCGGUUUCAUCGAGCACGCGCCGCCGCCCGGUGCAAUGCGCCGCCUCGCGAACGACGUAUACGUUCUUCCGAACGGUAUCGUGAUGGCUAAGCACAACGUACGCGAGAGUACGCUUGCCCGCAUGCUCCGCGAAGUGCUCGAGACGCGCGUCAUGGUGCGUACGGCAAUGCGUGCACCGGGCGUAAACAAGGCCAUGGCGCGCCGGUACCAGGCGCAGCAGUUAUCUCUCAAGCUCCUGGCCAACGUCACGUACGGAUACACCGGGGCGAGCGCCUCGGGGCGCAUGCCGUGUGUCGAGAUUGCCGAUGCAAUUGUACAGAGCGGACGCGAGACGCUCGAGCGUGCCAUGAACCUCAUCGAGCAGACGGAGGAGUGGGGCGGCGAGGUGGUCUAUGGCGACACGGACAGUCUCUUUGUCUCGCUCCCCGGAAAAAGCAAAGAGCAGGCGUUUGCCAUCGGCCGCGCCAUCUCCGAGGCGGUGACCAAGAUGAACCCUGAGCCAGUCAAGCUCAACUUUGAAAAGGUCUACCUGCCUUGUGUACUGGUCGCCAAGAAACGGUACGUCGGCUACAAGUUUGAGUCGCCGAGCCAGCUCCGCCCUGUGCUGGACGUCAAGGGACUCGAGAUUAUCCGCCGCGACGGAUUCGUGGCUUUGCAGCGCAUGCAAGAGGCAUGCGUCCGCAUCCUCUUUGAUACCCAGGACCUGACACUGGUCAAGCAGUACUGCCAGCGGCAGUGGUCCAAAAUCUACGCGGGCCUCGUCUCCCCGCUGCACCUCGUCACGGCCAAGGCCGUACGACUGGGAUCGUACAGUGGUCCGAAUCUCCCCCCAGGUGCUGCAUUAUCUGCGCGGGACCUGCUGCACGAUGCCCAGCGCAUUCCCCACUCCGGCGAGCGUAUACCCUAUCUCCUUCGCCAUGGCCUGCCGAACACGAAGCUGUCCGACCUCGCUGUGUCGCCCCGUGCGGUGCUUUCCGAUCCUGGUCUGCGUCUCUACGCCGAUCACUACAUCCGCAAGCUGCUCGUCCCUGCGCUGAGCCGCAUCUUUAACUUGGUCGGCGUGGAUGUGCAGACAUGGGUCGACGAGAUGCCGCGGUCGCGCACUGUGGUCUCGACGCGCGCCUUCUCCGUGGAGACCUGUGCAGUCUGUGGCCAGGCUACGGCGCAGUACCUGUGCCAGGACUGUACCCGGAAUCCCGAGCAGACGCUGCACCGUGCCGCCUCGGAACUGAACGAAGCCGAGGCGCGGCAGGCCGCGAUCCAUACCCUGUGCACGUCCUGUGCCGACGAUGGCUCGUGCGAGCGGCCGCCGUGUGUAUCUCUCGACUGCCCCGUGUCCUAUACCCGUACCAAGAACGACGCGGCGGUCCACGAGCGGAGCGCACGGCUUGCCCACGUCCUGGAAAAUGUCGUUCAUUAUCCUAGUGAGGAUCCAUGGGUAUGGUAG